AUGUCUCUCUAGAGUGUCUGAGAAACUUGAGCAAAACUCGGUCUAGCGGGAUAAGCAGGCGGAGUGUUACCAGCAGUCUGACUCCGUUUCCUGUUUCUGUCUCUAUAAAGAGUUUUGCUCAAGUUCCUCAGAGACACUAAAGAGGGACCUGCAGAGAGCCGGCUGAGUGAAACUGCAGACAAAUAUGUGUUUUGUUGAGCCGGAUUACAUUUUAUGUGUAAAAUACGUUUUGCAAUGUUCGCUUUUGAGUUUUCUGAAUACGAGCUGUUCAGCAUACCCACUAUUAAUUGUGUGAGAGACAGACAAACGGAGUUUCUUUUCAUUUCAUUGGUUAUCGGUUUGUUACCAGCAGUCUGACUCCGCCUCCCUGUACCUGUCUGCCUCUAUAAAGAGUUUUGCUCAAGUUUCUCAGAGACACCUGCAGAGAGCCGGCUGAGUGACGCUGCAGACAAGCAUGCAAGAGAUGCAGAAGGAGCGUGCAAAGAGGAUGGACUCUGCAGGAGAAGAAGCGUCCCUGAAUUCACCUGAGCUGCCCUGGAACCAGCUCUAUUUGAAGAGAAGGACCAACUCGAGGAUCCAGUUAAGGAGGAGAGUGUGCUUCACUGGCCCUGCUGCUGCUGCUGUUACCGGGGUAUUGGCAAUCUUCAUACUGGCUGCUGGCAGGGUCAGCGGCAGUGAGUUUGUGACAGUCCCGAGCUCAGUGAAGUGUACUGAGGGGCAGGACUGUAUCCUGAGCUGCACCUUCAACCACACAGCUGGAGGCUGGGAUGAGAAGUCAGGUGUGAUCUGGAGAAGAGCAGAAACACAUGACAUCGUUCACAGGUACCAUGACAACAGGGACCAGCUUGCCGAUCAGCUCCCUCAGUAUGUGAGCAGGACCAGCCUGUUUGACUCUGAGCUGCAGCACGGGAACGCUUCACUGCUGCUGAGGAGAGUCAGGGAGGAAGAUGCUGGAGAAUACUGGUGCUUUGUUUAUGCUGCUAGACUGUACGGGUCGGGCCUGAUUGAGGUAGACGUGGUUCCGGCUGAACCCACAACAGCACCAGCUCAUGUGACGGUCCCGAGCUCAGUGAUCUGUACUGAGGGGCAGGACUGUAUUCUGAACUGCACCUUCAUCUACAUCAUAGCUGGAGACUGGGAUGAAAAGACAGGUGUGAUCUGGAGACGAGCAGAAACACACGGCAUCGUUCACAGUCAGCAUGACAGCAGGGACCAGUUUGACCAUCAGCCCCCUCAGUAUGUGAACAGGACCAGCCUGUAUGAUUCUGAUUUGCAGCGUGGGAACGCUUCACUGCUGCUUAGGAGAGUCAGGGAGGAAGAUGCUGGAGAAUAUGAGUGCUCUGUUUCCACUCCUAGACUGCACGGGUCGGGCCUGACUGAGGUAGUCGUGGUUCCGGCUCAGCAACACCACUGGUGGGUUUUAGGAGCAGUUCUUCCUCUUCUUUGUGUGGUUGCAGGUCUCUGUGUUGGACUGUGGUGCUGUAAACAACACUCAGUUUGCUGCUGGAAGUCCAACAGGGCCUCCAGUCCAACAGAGGCAGUGCUGUUCUCAGGUCUGAUCGAGAACCCCAGUGAAGUCAUUCCGCUCCCCAGCACUUCAAUACAGUCAGAGAGAGAGAGAGAGAGAGAGAGAGACGAGAAAGAUCUCUGUGAAUCUCUUUGUGAUGGUGGUCCACUAUGA